GUGUCACUGCUGGUAGUACCCUAGUUGAUCAUAAUAUCUAACAAUUACAAAUACGUUUAAAGUAAUUUUAAAACCUAAUGAAAGAUUCAAACAAAAUUACAUGUGAUUACGUCAGCAAAACCACUAGUGUACACUGCGUACAACUCAGUGUACCACCUAACCUUUAAAAUUCAAAUAUCCGACCAAUUUGCAUGGAUAUUUCCAUUAAAACUUGCACUUUUCAUUGGUUUCCCAGUCGAAAACGAUGUCGGGUCACCUGAAAUUAGCAUAAGAAAAAGUGCCGUUGAAUAUUUAUUUGUAAUGCAAAAGAGAAAGAUAUACAUAAUGGGAAAGUGUGAUAGCACAUACACGUCCAUUAAACAGUUUUAGCCCACUUUUGGAAGCGGUAACAUAAACAGUAUUAACAUUUUAAACAGUAUUUACAAUUUUCUUUAAAUUGUAAGAUUGCAACAUGUCUCAAGUUUACAUUGUCUCUGGGUGCAGAACACCCAUUGGAAGUUUUAUGGGUCAGUUUGAAAAGUACCCAGCUUCUGAUCUCGGUGCUAUCACAAUAGCUGAAGCUUUGAGAAGGGCUAAACUGGAACCAGAAAAUGUUGAUCAGGUCAUCAUCGGGCAUGUGCUCACUGCCGGACAAGGCCAAAACCCAGCCAGGCAGGCUGCUGUGGGGGCCAAAAUCCCUUACUCAUCGCCCGCGUUCACUGUGAACAUGCUGUGCGGCUCUGGUUUAAAAUCAGUAUUUUUAGCUUAUCAAGCAAUACGUAAUGAGGAUUGUAAUAUCGUCGUAGCUGGAGGUCAGGAAAGCAUGAGCAGGUCUCAACAUUCCGUAUACACUCGAGGCACCAAACUCGGCGAUCUAGGACUGGCUGACACUCUGUUAGUUGAUGGCUUAACUGAUGCUUUUCACAAAGUUCACAUGGGAAACACAACUGAACAUUUGGUAAAGAAGUACGGCAUUACCAGAGAAGCGCAGGACGAAUUCGCAGCUGCGUCCCAAAACAAAACGGAAGAAGCUAUUAAAAACGGUUACUUCACUGAGGAAAUCGUCCCCGUCCCCGACAAGAAGCUGGGAUUAAUAGACAAAGACGAAUAUCCAAAGUUCGGCACCACCAUCGAAAAAUUGUCGAAGCUGAGAGCCUGCUUCGAAGCCACCGGCACCGUUACCGCAGGGAACGCCUCAGGAUUAAACGACGGAGCUGCCGCUGUUAUUUUGGCGAACGAAACUUCGGUCAAGGAGAAGGGGCUCCAACCUUUGGCCAAGAUCAUUGGCUUUGCUGAAGUUGGAAUUGAGCCCCUGUGCAUGGGUGCUGGGCCUAUUGAAGCCGUUAACAAACUAUUAUGGAAAGUUGGAUGGUCAAGGGAUGAAGUAGAUUUGUACGAGCUCAACGAAGCUUUCGCAGCUCAAAGCAUCAUUGUCUGCAAGGAAUUAAUGUUGGAUCCCAGCAAAGUUAACGUCACAGGAGGAGCCAUAGCUUUGGGACAUCCAAUCGGUUGUUCAGGAACAAGAGUUUUGGUCACGUUGAUUUACAAUUUGAAACGUUUGGGAAAGAAGAAGGGCGUUGCAGGUCUUUGCAUAGGAGGCGGCAUGGGAAUAGCUGCUGCCAUUGAGCUGUGUUAAAUUUUACACAUCAAUUAAUAUGACAAUAAUUGUUCACGUUUUAUGUUAGUAUUGUUUGAAAAUAUGUUUUAUAUAAUUAAAGAAGUCUUGUUCUUUAAUGGCAUUAGUAUUAUUCUUUUAGUAACGAUAUACGUACAAAAAGUUUAAAUAUUUUACAAUUCAUAUCAUUUUAUAUUACUUUUAAUAUUUAUGUUUAUUUAUAGUACUUUAAGCUGCUGUUUUUUAAAUUAAGUGAUACCAUUUUUAAUGUGAAUUUAAAAAAUCGAAUAUUAAAUAUGUAUUUCUUUUAAAAAAAUUUAAAUUUUAUGUUUUGUUAUCUUGGGGAAAUGUUUCUUAAAUAUACAGAUAAUAUAUUUAAAUUAAGUGUUUAAAAGAUGAUAAUUUUAAUAAGAUUUAUAACAUAUUUUUAAAACUUGUAAAACACAAAUAUACCAUUUAUAAUCA